AUGAUCAGCGGUUUUGAUCAAGGAAUCCCUCAACACAUUAUUGAAGGAAAACAUUGGUUCACACCAGAAAAUCAUAAGUCGUCAUUACUAGUAAAAGAUAAAAUCGAAGAGUCGAUAUCAAAAGAAUUGAAAGCUAAAAGGAUGCUAGGACUCUUUUCACACCAACAAAUGAAGGAAACCUUUGGGUUCUUCAGAUCCAACCCCUUGGGUGCGGUAGUCAACGGAGACGGUCAAAUCCGACCGAUUAACGACUUAUCAUAUCCAAGAAACGAUCCAGAUAUCAGAUCAGUAAACUCAUACGUAGAUAAAAGCGAUUUCGAAACUACUUGGGAUGAUUUCAAGAUAGUUUCGAAAUUCUUCGCUGAAAAUGAUAAGAAAUUCGACUUAGCGCUAUUCGAUUGGGAAAAGGCUUACCGUCAGAUCCCGACUAGGCAAGACCAAUGGAAGUAUCUUCUAGUUCACGACUUUGACGGGAACCUCCUGAUAGACACACGCAUUACCUUUGGAGGCGUAGCGGGUUGCGGUUCCUUUGGCCGACCAGCGGACGCUUGGAAACUUGUAAUGAAAAAUCACUUCAACCUAGUCAAUGUUUUUAGGUGGGUAGACGACAACCUCUUCGUCAAAGAGGUAGAUGAAAACCUUUCGAUGAGAGAGAUAGUGUCGAAAUCUACUGAACUGGGGGUGAUGACAAAUAUCAAGAAAUUCUCAGACUUCACGGCAGAACAAAAAUUUAUAGGAUUUGUGUGGAAUGGGCACCUCAAAACUGUGAAACUCCCGGAAGGCAAGAUUGAGCAGAGACUGGCUCAGAUCCAUCCAUUCCAGGUCAAAAAAGCGAUGUUCGACUAUGAGGAGGCAGAAGUCCUAGUGGGGAGACUCAAUCACGUCUCUUAUAUCCUCCCGCACAUGAGAUGCCACUUAUGCUCUCUAUACAAGUGGCUGAAAUCCUGGAUCUGGCGGAAAGCGAAACGAGCGACCCCGGUAGAUGUCCUUGAAGACCUAGACGUUUGGGUGAAUACGUUGAAUAACUUCGAACAUACACGUCUAAUAAACUGGGGCCCACCGUUAGAUGUCGGAUGGGUGGGUGAUGCUUCGACAUCCUUUGGAAUUGGAAUACUCGUCGGGAAGCACUGGGCUCAAUUCAAGCUUAUCGACCCACAAUCGAACCAAAAACGGAUUUCGUUUUUAGAAACGGUAGCGAUACGGCUAGGCCUCCUCAUGCUACUCAAGUUGAGAAGUCAAAAAGGAAAAUCACUUAUUGUCUGGACUGAUAAUACAACAACCGAGAAUAGUAUCAACAAUAAGAAGACAAAGGACGCUGAAGCAAACGAUGAGUGGAAGAAAAUCCAAGAAGUAUUAUUAAGGGAAUCAGUCAAUUUGGUGGCAAGGAGAGUAAAAUCUAAAGACAACAAGGCAGAUGCCUUGUCGCGAGGGAUACGGUCAGGCCAAAAUGUAAAGUACCAAGUGGUUAUACAGUUACCGUCAGACCUACAGGGUCUUUUAUCUCAAGUUGUGUUUAAGAUAUAA